AUGUACAAGGUCUACAUCUUCCUGGCCGUUUACCUUCUCAUAUGUUCAUUUUGGCUAACCAGCAAGGCAUUUGCUAACAUUCUCAAUGAACUGAAGAACAAUAGCGAAGGAGAUGCCUUUGGAGGCAAAGAGGUUCUGCGGGAUAGUUCAAGUUGGUGUUGCUCAGUGGACCGGAACCUUGUUGUUCCAAACACGAAGCCCACAGACUCGGUGCGCCUUCUCUCGCACUUCCACAGCUCUCACAUUCACCACUCGCAUCUACCUCUUACACCUCCCAAUGCAUCUACCAAAUCUUCCAUAGUUCAUCUAAUGUCACAAACGAGCACCCAAAGCGAUGGCCCACCUUCUGAAGUAGGUGCCUUGAAAAGGCGGCUGGCUCUUUUGGAGGCGCAAAAUGCGGAGCUCCGCAAACUUCCAAUGGAAGAGAAAAGUGUACGCCUUCAUCUUGAGGGUCGGGUAAUCCGCAGACUCAUCUGCCUUACUGAACGUGUCGAAGACCUCAUCGCAGAGUUUGAUAGACGCGUGACACUAGGUAUUGAGUUAGAUGACGAUGCUACUGUGAAUGACCUUGAGGACGACAGGAGGUACAGAUCAUACAAGAAAUUAGCUACUUGGUGCCCGUCUGUCCGUAGGCUCGUACACUCAGUGGUCGAGGAUAGCGAGCUCUCUUGUAUAUACAGCAAGUUAAAUAAGGGUGCUGCCGAUGAUACAACACGACUCAAAGUCAUCAUUGCUUCAUGGUUGAUGCAAGAUACCCCACCGCCGAACCCUGUUAUUCAUGGGCAGAGCAAAAUGGGUCGUGGGUUCAAUAAUGAUGCAACCGGACGGCUUAUAUGCCCCGUAGAUUAUGACUGGAGUGACCCGGUUAUCCAACAAGGCAUCAGGGAUUAUCACCCUGAUUAUCGUGUUAUGGCUCACUCUUGGCCUGCCUUUUUAUACAGAGACGAACGAUAUGACCCACUGAACCCUACAGAUGGUCUAUUCAAAGGGAAAUUACUUUUAAAGACAUUCAAAUACAUCUUCACGUCUCCUACCUCCGCAGAGCUGGACGACCAAGAGCAGACCAGCCCGGCAAUGCUUUCCACGCAGGGUCCUCCGAAGCAGCGAAGGACUGAUGGCGAGCACCGAACUCGCUGCGAUGUUGCUGGGCUGUUGAACAUGAAAUCUGUUCAACCACGGUCAAUUGCAUACGCAGCUGUGCAGCUUAGGUUUGCUUUGUCUAGCACAGGGUCAUGGCGUAUUGUAGAUGAUGAGUUCAACCAUCAAGAAUUCUAUGACAACAUCGUUGACUUCCUCGAACUUGCUGCGACAUCAGAUGCAGUUAAGGAAGUUGAAGAUCUAUUACUUUGGUGGAAUCGCAAGGUUUUUGGACACAAACAUGUGUCCGUCUAUCGCCCCCAAAGAACUGAACAGCUGUCUGUUGCUCGGUGUUCAAGCAGACGUUAG